AUAGCACCACUGCACUCCAGCCUGGGCAACAAAGUGAGACUGUCUCAAAAAAGAAAAAGAAAAAAAAAGUGAAAAAAAUUCCUGAAUGAAGGCCUGGACUGAGGUGGCUUUCCAUUCGGAGGUCCAGCCCCAAGCAGCUGAGAGUCCUUCCUAAAUUCAUUACCUAUAGCAACAACAACUAGCAACGAGUAACAACUGGCUGCAAUCCUAAAAACUAAUGACAGGGACAUUUAUCUCCCUCAUGAAGAAAUGGUCCCAGGACCAUCUCCCACCCAGCAUCCAUUGCGGUUCCCUGUGCAAGAUGAGUCUCUGAGUGGGAAUCCAGCACUCUCUCCCUCUCCUUCCCCACCACCUCCACCCUCCUUAACGGAAAAACAAAAGGCAUCUGCACCUGCAGCCCUGCUGAGGCCCCUGCUGCCCACGCUUGCAGCAGAGGGUGGAGGCUCUGGGUUCUUGCCUUCUCUCAAGGGCCCCAGCCCCAACGGUGAUGGGCGGAGCCAGUCUAGCUGCUGCACAGGCUGGCUGGCUGGCUGCUAAGGGCUGCUCCGCGCUUUUGCCAGAGGACAGAGACUGACAUGGAACAGGGGAAGGGCCUGGCUGUCCUCAUCCUGGCUAUCAUUCUUCUUCAAGGUACUUUGGCUCAGUCAAUCAAAGGAAACCACUUGGUUAAGGUGUAUGACUAUCAAGAAGAUGGUUCGGUACUUCUGACUUGUGAUGCGGAAGCCAAAAAUAUCACGUGGUUUAAAGAUGGGAAGAUGAUAGGCUUCCUAACUGAAAAUAAAAAAAAAUGGAAUCUGGGAAGUAAUACCAAGGACCCUCGAGGGAUGUAUCAGUGUAAAGGAUCACAGAAAAAGUCAAAACCACUCCAAGUGUAUUACAGAAUGUGUCAGAACUGCAUUGAACUAAAUGCAGCCACCAUAUCUGGCUUUCUCUUUGCUGAAAUCAUCAGCAUUUUCGUCCUUGCUGUUGGGGUCUACUUCAUUGCUGGACAGGAUGGAGUUCGCCAGUCGAGAGCUUCAGACAAGCAGACUCUGUUGCCCAAUGACCAGCUCUACCAGCCCCUCAAGGAUCGAGAAGAUGACCAGUACAGCCACCUUCAAGGAAACCAAUUGAGGAGGAAUUGAACUCAGGACUCAGAGUAGUCCAGGUGUUCUCCUCCUAUUCAGUUCCCAGAAUCAAAGCAAUGCAUUUUGGAAAGCUCCUAGCAGAGAGACUUUCAGCCCUAAAUCUAGACUCAAGGUUCCCAGAGGUGACAAAUGGAGAAGAAAGGCCAUCAGAGCAAAUUUGGGGUUUUCUCAAAUAAAAUAAAAAUAAAAACAAAUACAGUGUUUCAGAAGCGCCACCUAUUGGGGAAAAUUGUAAAAGAAAAAUGAAAAGAUCAAAUAACCCCCUCGAUUUGAAUAUAAUUUUUUGUGUUGUAAUUUUUAUUUCUUUUUGUAUAGGUCAUAAUUCACAUGGCUCAAAUAUUCAGUGAAAGAUGUCCCUCCACUGCCAUCCCCUGCUACCCAGCGACCCUGUUGCCCUCUUCAGAUACAAAUUAGUUUCUCUUUUUUUUUUUUUUUUUUUUUUUUUGAGACAGUCUUGCUCUGUCGUCCAGGCUAAAGUGCAGUGGCACCAUCUCGGCUCACUGCAACCUCUGCCUCCUGGGUUCAAGCGAUUCUCCUGCCUCAACCUCCCGGGCAGCUGGGAUUACAGGCACACACUACCACACCUGGCUAAUUUUUGUAUUUUUAGUAGAGACGGGGUUUCGCCCUGUUGGCCAAGCUGGUCUCGAACUCCUGACCUCAAGUGAUCCGCCCGCCUCGGCCUCCCAAAGUGCUGGGAUUACAGGUGUCAGCCACCAUGCCUGGUCUUAAAACUAGUUUCUUAUAUACCUCUCUGGAGGUAUUCUAGGCAUAUAUGAGCACAUUCUCAAGUACAUAUUAUCCUCCCUUCCCCUAUCUUUUAGACAAAUGAUAUCAAACUAUACAUCUUGUGAGAUUAUUGCAUACCAUUAUAUGAAGAACUCCUUUUUAAUGCAGCCAUAUUGUACAAAUAGACUAUGAUUUAUUUAACCUGUUAUCUAUCAGUGGAUAUUUAAGUUGGUUCCAAUCUUUUGUUCUUACAACAAUUCUGCAAUGACUAACAUUGUAUAAAUAUCAUUUUUAAAGAUAAUUGCAUUGAAGCAUAAUUUACAUGCCAUAAAAUCCACCCAUCUUAAGUGAUUUCACCUGUUCUCAGAAAUUUUUAGUAAAUUUAACUAAUUGUACAGCAAUUACCAUAAUCCAGCUUUAGGACAUUUUCUUUUCUUUUUUUUUUUUUUUUUUUUUUUUUGAGGUGGAGUCUUGCUCUGUGGCCCAGGCUGGAGUGCAGUGGCACAAUCUCAGCUCACUGCAACUUCUGCCUCCUGGGUUCAAGCAAUUCUCUUGCCUCAGCCUCCCGAGUAGCUGAGACUACAGGCACGUGACACCACGCCCAGCUCAUUUUUUGUGUAUUUAGUAUUUGUGUAUUUAGUAGAGACAGGGUUUCACCAUGUUGGCCAGGCUGGUCUCAAAUUCCUGACCUCAGGUGAUCCACCUGCCUCAACCUCCCAAAGUGCUGGGAUUACAGGUGUGAGCCACCGCGCCGGGCCCGUAACUGUAUUUUAAUAUAGCCAUUCUAUGGGUUUAAUAUGGUAUUUUAUUAUGGUCUUAAUUUGCAUUUCCCUAGAGAUUAACCAUGCUGAGUGUCCUGUCAUGUGUUUAUUAACCAUUCAUAUAUUUUUAGUGAAAUGUCUAUUCAAAUCUUUUGCCCAUUUUUAAGUUGACUUAUUUGUUUGUCUUCUCACUAUUGGGUUGCAUAUGUCUUUGAUAUAAGUCUUUUAUCAGAUAUAUGAUUUGGAAAUAUUUUCUACCAGUCUGUGGUUUGUUUUUCUUAAUGGUGUCUUUUGAAGUGCAAAAGGUUUGAAUUUUGAAGUACAUUUUAUCAAUUUUUUCUUCUAUAUAUUGUGCUUUUGGUAUCAUGUCUAAUAAAUCUUUACCAAACCCACAGUACAAAGAUUUUUCUCCUGUCUUCUUUUUAUACUUUUUAUAGUUUUAUGGUUUUAGCUCUAACAAUAAAUGUGAUUUUGAACAUACAUAAGACUAUUUGUAACAAAUACAAAUAAAUUGAAUUGUUGAGCA